UUCAAAUGAAUUUUAAUAAUUUUGAAAGACGGUGACAAUACCUUUGUAAAAAUGGCAGAGAGACUGUUAGUUACGACAAAUACAUUAGUAAAAUACGACAACCCAAUUUUAGUAACGAGACAUGAACAAUCAACGUCUUCGGAAACCGACGAAGUUAAGAAGGGCGUUCUACAAGUAGAGGUAAAAAGAGAGACUGAGGAAAUAUUAAAUACGAUAUUACCACCUAAAGAAUGGGAAGAAGACGAUCAGUUGUGGAGGCAACAAGUGUCCACGACGCCCGCCACCAGAUUGGACGUGGUGAAUUUGCAAGAACAGCUGGAUAUGAGACUUCAGCAAAGACAGGCUCGUGAAACUGGUAUAUGUCCUGUACGUCGAGAACUCUAUACACAAUGCUUCGACGAAAUAAUACGCCAAGUAACGAUAAAUUGUGCCGAAAGAGGGCUUUUGCUCUUAAGAGUAAGAGACGAGAUGCGAAUGACCAUAGAAGCGUACCAAGCCCUUUAUUGCAGCAGUGUAGCGUUUGGCAUGAGAAAAGCCCUUCAAGCUGAACAGGGCAAAUCGGACCUAUUCCAAGAAGUCGAUAUAUUGAAAAACGAAAAAUUAGACCUGGAACAUCAGAUAACGGAACUAAAACAACGUGCAGAACAAGCUGACAGAAGGGCAGCAGAAACUCGUCUAGCUGAAGAAAGGAAACAUACCGAAGAAAUAGCCUUCCUCAAGAAGACCAAUUUGCAACUAAAGACACAACUGGAAGGCAUUAUAGCUCCCAAGAAAUAGAUGGCGAUAUUUUAGUAUUAACAGUUAUUUUAUAUGUAUUUAAUUUAAUAAAAGAUAUGUAAUGUAGUCGUGA